AUGACAGAUGAGGAAUAUUUAUUUUGGAGUCAAACUGAAGAAGGAAAAGCCUUUUUGGAAACAUAUAUCGUGAAUGGGGGUGCUGGGAGUAAUACGGGGCUGAUGAAUAUCGAUGUUACUGAGGAAAAGACGGAAACUGUUUUAGAGGAGGAUGAAGAUGCAAGGAAGUCAAAGAGAUCCAUAGAAAGUGAAGUUUUGAAUGGUGAUAUGACGAUUGAUCAGAGGGGGAUGAGUUCACAUACUAAUCCUAUUUUUCUGAGGGAGAUGACUAUGAGUGAUGGUACUGAUUCAAUGGGAAAUCUGUCUAAUGGUCUCGAUAAACAAAUGUUGCAUCCUGGAAAUCAAGUAUCAGAGAGAGCAAAAAUGGCAAUUGAUAGCUUUGGAAAUCAUACUGGUGGAGGGGCUACAAUGAAUCAACAUGGAAUGGCUGCAAAUCAAUCAAAGGGUUAUGAAAAUAAAUUCACUAGAUAUCAUCUUAGUGAUCUAAUCAAAUCUAAUGAUCCUGAUUUAGUCUUCUUAGCUGAGACCAAAAAUCAAGAUAAGAAAAUGCUUAAGUAUAUCCAGAAUUUAGGUUUUCUAAACUAUUGUUAUGUUAAUCCUGUAGGAGCUUCUGGUGGCAUUUUCCUUCUAUGGAAGGAUGGAAUUUCUCUUGAUAUAGUUGAUGCUAACUCCAACUUUAUUGUGUGUCAUACUCAAAUCAAUGCUAGGAGUGAUAAAUCCUUGAUUAUUCUAAUGUAUGGUGCUCUGAGUCAGGAAGGUAUUAACAAUCAAUGGGAGUUUCUUUACAGACUUGCUAGUGGUUUCGAUUGUCCUUGGGCUGUAGUGGGUGACCUUAAUUUCAUAACUAGUAGAGAGGAUAAAUUAGGAGGUAACAUUCCCAGCCAGUCUGACCUUGAUUUUGUGAAUGAUCAUCUUAAUAAUUUGAAUCUCUCUGAUGUUAACUAUAUUGGUAACCCGUAUACCUGGACUAAUAGGAGGAACUUCCCUAAUUUGAUUUUAGAAAGAUUAGAUAGGGCUAUGUGCAAUGAAAAAUGGUUUAGUUUCUUUCCAAAUUCUGUGGUUUAUCAUCUAGUUCCUCAUGCCAGUGAUCACUGUCCUAUCUUACUUGUUGAUAGAGAGAGAGCUAGGGAGAAUAUUAUUUCCUGUGACACUGGUGUUUGGAAAAGAAGGACACAAAUUGAGACCAUUCAAUCUGACACUGGUGUUUGGAUUACAGAUAGGAAAUGUAUUGCUAGUGAGUUAAGGAAUCAUUUCUCUGCUGUUAAUAGGUCUACAAAUCCUCCUUGUUCUGAUGAUUUUCUUUGUGAUAUUGUGCCAUGUAUAACUAAUGAUGAAAAUGAUAUGCUUACUAAAAUUCCUACUAGUGAGGAAAUUAGUAAUAUUCUCUUCCAAAUGCAACCAUGGACUACUCCUGGUCCAGAUGGAUACCCUCCUGGUUUUUAUCAAAAAAUGUGUCUAAUUCCUAAGAACAAUGGUCCUAAGACACCUCAUGACUUUAGACCCAUUAGUCUAAGUAAUGUAGCCUACAAGAUUAUUAGUGAGCUCCUUGCUAAUAGACUUAAGAAGGUUAUGGAUAAAUUCAUUAGUCCUUAUCAAGCUGCCUUCCUUACUUCUAAGCAAAUAACAGAUAAUAUUGUUAUUGCUCAUGAACUAGUUGGUACCAUGAAAAAAUGCAAAGCUAGGAAAGGUCUUAUGGCUGUCAAACUUGAUAUGUCAACAGGAUUUGAUAGGAUUGAGUGGGGUUUUCUGAUUAAUAUUCUUAAGAAACUUGGCUUUCAUAAAGAUUGGUGUGAUAUGAUCUUUGAAUGCAUCUCUACUGUCUCUGCAUCUGUGCUCUUGAAUGGCUCUCCAGGUGAAGUUUUUUAUCCUUCUAGGGGUCUCAGACAGGGAGAUCCCUUAUCUCCCUAUCUCUUUAUUAUUGUUAUGGAUUGUUUUUCAAGAUUAAUGGUUAAAGCUGAGCAUGCUGGAGUUUUACAGGGUAUCAAAGUGCCUACUUCUAGUCCAGCUAUUAGUCAUCUGUUUUUUGCAGAUGACUGCCUUAUCUUUGCUAAAGCUAAUCUUCAAGGAGCUAGAACUUUGGAUAGCAUAAUAAAGAACUUCAGUAAGUACAGUGGUCAGUCCAUCAAUUUUGGGAAAUCAGGUAUGGCUUUCAGCUCUAAAAUGGAUAGUCAGGUCAAGAAUCAAAUUGCAACAAAAUAA